GCAUCCACACAACCAACAAACACAAUAUGUCGGCACAACUCAUAACCCACAACAAGACAGUCGUUCUGUCAACAUACCGCAACCUCUUGCGCGCAACCCGCAUCGCUUUCCAAGGCGACCACGACACACUUCACAACUCUCGCAAAUUCGCACGAGACUCAUUCGACCAGAACCGUGGCGUCAAGGCUGGUAGCAUUGAAGCCGAAAAGGCCGUCGAGCAUGCACAAGGAGUGGCUCAGAUCUUGAGGGAAAAUGUANAAUUGCGAAUUCACGACCACACCGAAAAGGGCGACAACGAGUCUGUCAAGCAGUUCAAAGGAACCACAAAGUCUUUUGCAGAGGUCAAGCGCUGCUCUCUGAUU